CAUGGCCGAGGACAACAUGAGGAACAGAAAAGAGCCCGAGAACGGCCGCUUCAACCAUGGAAUGGACUCUCAGAUCACACAGGAAAAGCCUGUGAAGGCCACUAUGCUUCAAAAAGAUGUGGGUCUGGUGAGUGGCGUCUCCUUGAUCGUGGGGACUAUGAUUGGCUCAGGGAUCUUCAUUUCUCCUAAGGCUGUUCUGUUGUACUCAGGGGCUGUGGGACCCUGCCUGCUUGUCUGGACUGGCUGCGGGGUGCUGUCCACUUUGGGAGCGCUGUGCUAUGCUGAGCUUGGCACCAUGAUCACCAAAUCAGGGGGGGAGUAUCCGUAUCUGCUGGAGGCUUUUGGCUCGAUUGUAGCGUACCUGUACUCCUGGACCACGGUGAUGGUCCUAAAGCCGUCCUCCUUCGCCAUCAUCUCUCUCAGCUUUGCAGAAUAUGCCUCCGCACCUUUCUACCCAGGAUGCACCCCUCCUGCUGUUGUUAUCAAGUGUCUGUCAGCAGCAGCUAUAUGGUUGAUCGUCAUAGUCAACUGUUUCAGUGUCAAGCUGGCAAACUAUGUCCAGAAUUUCUUCACUGCAGCCAAACUUUUCAUCAUUCUUGUAAUUGUGGGAGCUGGCAUUGUUCUCUUGGCAAAAGGAAACACAGAGACUCUGUCACAUGCCUUUGAGGGCUCACCACCCUCUGUUGGAGCAAUUGGACUGGCAUUUUACAAUGGGCUUUGGGCUUACGAUGGAUGGAAUCAGCUGAAUUUCAUCACAGAGGAGCUGAAGAAUCCAUACAGGAACUUGCCGCUUGCCAUCCUCAUUGGGAUCCCUUUGGUGUCUGCGUGCUAUGUGAUGGUGAACAUCGCUUACUUCACUGUUAUGACCACCACCGAACUGCUGCUAUCUCCAGCUGUUGCUAUGACUUUUGGAGACAGAGUCCUUUAUCCUUUGUCUUGGGUUGUUCCUGUCUUUGUUGUUUUUUCCACGUUUGGAUCUGCCAAUGGGAGCUGCUUCACUGCCGGCAGACUGACCUAUGUGGCUGGCAGGGAGGGUCACAUGGUGAAAAUAUUGAGCUACAUCAGUGUCAAGUACUGCACCCCAUCCCCUGCACUCAUAUUCAAUGGGAUUUUGUCUGUUUUCUACAUUAUCCCAGCAGAUAUCAACACCCUGAUUAACUACUUCAGCUUUGCGCAGUGGGUGUUUUAUGGUUUGACAACCUUGGCUCUCAUUGUCAUGCGUUUCACUAGGAAGGAGCUCCAUAGACCAGUGAAGGUGCCGAUAGUUGUAGCUGGUCUAAUGGUUCUAAUGUCCUGCUACUUGGUCCUGGCUCCCAUCAUUGAUAAGCCAGAUUUGGAAUACCUCUACUGCACUAUCUUCAUCUUCAGUGGUCUCAUCUUCUACUACUUUUUCAUCUACUGCAAGUUCAGCUGGGCAAGCAACUUCAUGAGGCCCAUCACCAUGCAUCUCCAGUUGCUGAUGGAAGUGGUGCCUCCUGAGAAAAAUGAGUAACAAUGGAGACAGUUGACAGCCAGGAAAUCAUUCUACUGGACUAUGAUGCCCUGAAAUGUGGAGAGCCUGGCUUUGCAAACUAAGGGCUCCAGCAACCUGGUACCCAGAGUGGGUCAAAGUUCAUUUAUGCUAGGUUUGGCAAAAGUAGUGGUGCAGCCGCUUUUUUUAUGAGCCUGUUUGCCAACUUGAGAUGUUAAAUUUCUCAUUUGUGUCCAAGGCAGAAAAGUGGAAGAUUCUUGAUUCUAGAGAAUAAUACAGGGAUACAUCUCCUGUAAUGAAAACAAAUGUAUAUUUUACUGGAGGUGUGGUAGAGCUGGUUUGCCAGCCAUAUUUUUCUCUGUGCUUGAAGUUGUCUUGGGGUGACAUACUGCCACUAAAUAUGCCACCUCCUAAUGGGGUGGCAUAUUUGCCAUGAGUCAGUUUGUAAGUAGUACCAAGAGCUUAAUAGUACUAAAAAAAAUGGCCCUUAAUUCUUCUAGAUUUCCUGGCUGUCUUCAAGAGUCUGUCACUCCAUCCUCUUGGACCACAUUAACCAUUUUAUUUCAGGGACAAGCACUUCAGUUGUUUGCCUCCUACCUCCAAAACGAUCAGCUUCUGUUAAAGCUGAUAAUGUAUCCUCUCCCUCCGCAUCCAUGCCCUGUGAAGUACCACAAGGCCCUAUUAUAGGCCAUCUUUUGUUUUCCCUGUAUAUGCUUCCUCUGGGGUCUAUUUUCAGAAAAUAUCAUAUCCUAUCAUUAUUAUGCUGAUGACACCCAGCUGUACCUCCCACUGAAACCGUGUGAUCCCAGCAGUGUUAAUACCCUUUAAAUUGCAUCUCUUUCUUAAAUUAAACCAGAAAAAACCUGAGGUCUUCGUCUUCGGCCCUGCAGAAAACUCCGCAGUCACAAUCACUGUCCUCUGACCUCAGCCAUUGAAUGUAAAGUUAUCAUGUAAAGUUAUCAUCUGCCAUUGAAUGUUAUCAUUGAUUCAGUGCAAACUUUGAACUCAGUUGCCAGAACUGACUUCUUCAUCUUAGAGCAAUAGGAAAAUUAAAAUCAUUCCUGUCCAGUAGAGAUUUAGAAACUAUAAUUCACGCCCUUACUUCCUCUCAUGGUGACUACUGCAGUUCUCUCUAUAUGGGAGUCGGUCAGCCCUAUCUCACCUACAACUGGUUCAGAAUGCUUAUGUUUUUAAAGCACUGCAUGGACUGGCACCAGGUUAUAUCUACAAACUGUUUUUCCCCCGUUCCAGCUCCAGACCCCUAAGAUCUGCUGGCCAAUCUUUGUGCUCUAGUUUACACAUCAAGUGAAAAACCAGAGAUGAUCGAGCAUUUUCAGUUGUUGGCCCUGAACUGUGGAAUAAUUUGCCACGUACAGUUAGAGCUUCCCCCUUGACUGACACCUUUAAAACUUGCUGCUGUUUGUGCAAUGUUUCUUGUGUUAUGAUUUUGCCGAGUUACUCUAUGCUUUUAUUAGUUUACUUAUAGCCCCGUAUUUAUGCCUGUGUUUUUAUUUGAUCAUUCCUGUGUUAAUAUUGUAUCAUUUCUUUGUUAUUGUUUGAUAGUGAUUUUAAUCUCUUUGUAAAGCACUUUGGUCAACAUUUAUUUUUGAAUGUGCUCUGUGAAUAAACUGACUUGACUAAAAUACAUGUGUAUAUUAUGAAUAAUCAAUGAAAAAUAUUCCCCUGCUUCAAUC